CGACACUUGGUUGUUGAUUCACCCGCGGGAGCUUUCCAUUCUAGCUCCGAUAUACACUCGAUAUUCGAAACCCCGACGAAGCUAUUCGCAACUCCAUUGAAAGUUACCAAAACAAACAGCUGCCCAGCAUGGCCAACACCGACGCUCCCAUUGUCCUCGAUGGCGGUACCGGCUUCCUCAAAGUCGGCUACGCCGCCCAGAACUUCCCCGAAUUCCAAUACCCCUCGAUAGUCGGCCGCCCCAUUCUCCGCGCCGAAGAAGCCAAAUCGCUUUCCGACUCGUCCGACAUUGUGAUCAAAGACAUCAUGUGCGGUGACGAGGCCGCGGCCGCCCGCACCAUGCUCCAAAUCAGCUACCCGAUGGAGAACGGCAUCGUCAAGAAGUGGGACGACAUGCAGCACCUAUGGGACUACACUUUUCACGAAAAGAUGAAGGUCGAUACGCGGGGAAGAAAGAUCUUGUUGACGGAGCCGCCUUUGAACCCGUUGAAGAACAGGGAGCAGAUGACCGAAGUCAUGUUUGAGCGCUACGACUUUGGAGGUGUCUAUGUCGCUAUUCAGGCGGUGCUGGCAUUGUAUGCUCAGGGUCUCUCCUCUGGUGUCGUAGUCGACUCUGGCGACGGUGUCACGCAUAUCGUUCCCGUCUACGAAUCCGUGGUUCUCAACCACCUUACCCGCCGCCUCGAUGUGGCCGGCCGCGACGUCACCCGCAACCUGAUCGCCCUCCUUCUCCGCCGCGGUUACGCCCUGAACCGUACUGCCGACUUUGAGACCGUCCGCCAGAUCAAGGAAAAGCUCUGCUACGUCUCGUACGACCUCGAGCUCGACAAGCGCCUGUCCGAAGAUACCACCGUCCUCGUCGAGAGCUACACCCUUCCCGACGGCCGCGUCAUCCGUGUCGGCUCCGAGCGGUUCGAGGCCCCCGAGUGCUUGUUCCAGCCGCACUUGGUGGAUUGCGACCAGCCGGGUAUCGCCGAAUUCCUCUUCAACACUAUCCAAGCCGCCGAUGUCGACGUGCGCUCCUCGCUAUUCAAGGCGAUCGUCCUGUCGGGUGGUUCCAGCAUGUACCCCGGCCUCCCAAGCAGACUGGAGAAGGAGCUGAAGCAGCUGUGGUUGACGCGCGUGCUGGGAGGCAACCCGGAGAGGCUGAGCAAGUUCAAGGUCAGGAUCGAGGACCCGCCGAGAAGAAGGCAUAUGGUCUUCUUGGGUGGUGCGGUGCUGGCGAAUAUCAUGGCGGAUAAGGAGAGCAUGUGGAUCACGAAGCAGGAGUGGGAAGAGCAGGGCGCGAGGGUGCUGGAGAAGUUGGGUCCUAGGUAAGGGACAACUGAGGGUGAAAGCUGUUUAGACUACAAUAGCAGGCGAUAUAAUGUUUUCCGUUGGUAGGUAAAUAAAGGAUAAUGCGAGAGUUUGUUAGAGCUGG